GAAACAAGUUUGUCUUUCUAAGUUUCCAAAAGCCCGAAAACACCAUUAUCAUAAGAAACAAGAAUCAAAGAAAGAAAGAAAGAUCCAUAGAGAAAAAAGCAAAAGAAGAUGAGAUCCAUGAGAAGAAUGAAUCAAUGGAUUCUUCUUAAUUAUUUCUCCAUGUUAUUAAUCUCCACCAGCAUCAUCAUAGCAGAUAUAACAACUCCAAUUCCAACUGUUCCAACUACUCCGGCGACACCCACCGUUAUCAACCCAACAGUUUCCGAUCCGGAUUCCCCUGUUUCCGGCGGCGGCAACCCUUUUGUGAUUCCAUCCCCCACCACCACCACUAGCUAUACUCCGGAAGCUACAGGCGGCGCGAGCUGGUGCGUAGCGGUCCAAUCGGCAUCACAAGCAGCUAUACAACUAGCUUUGGAUUAUGCUUGUGGCCAUGGAGCAGAUUGCUCGGCGAUUCAACCGGCCGGCGAGUGUUAUAGACCGAAUACGAUGAGGGAUCAUGCUUCAUAUGCAUUCAAUAGCUAUUAUCAGAAGAACCCAAUUCCCACUAGCUGUAAUUUUGGUGGAACUGCCAUCAUUACUAGCACUGAUCCAAGUUAUGUGAACUGCCAAUUUCCAACCACAAGCACAAGCUCUUCCAUCUUGAAUACAACAAAUUCAAUUGGUUCAACUGUCUUUGGAGCUGGACCAAUUACUCCAACAAGUUCAUUGGCUACACCUACAAUGUAUAAUUUUAAUUUAUUUCUCUCAUAUUCCUUUAUAUUUCUUAUAGCAACAAUUUUUCUAUAGCUUCCAUUAUGUGCUUCAAUAUCACUAAUUUUUGUUGAGAUAUGGAAGAUCAAUUAGGAGUUCA